UUCUUGGGUGCUUUUGGAGUUUGGAACGGACCGGCGGAGAGGAACAACGCUACGUUACAACGGUUUCAACUGUAUAAUUUAUCGCAUUUACUCGGUUAGUAACGAAUAGGGAUCAGUCAAACCGUGUCCAUAUCACCGGGAAGCUAUUUUCAACAAAAUGGCGGGAGAACGUUUGGACAUUGUGAUAUUUGGAGCGACUGGUUUUACUGGAAAGUAUACAGUUUUACACGCAGCAAAGUUGGCUGCUGAGAAACCGUUCUCAUGGGGCGUUGCCGGCAGACGCAAGGAGGCAUUGGAGGCGGUACUCAAAGAAUUUGCACCUGACCAAGAAAAUAUUCCCAUCAUCAUUGCUGAUGUGAACGAUGAGGAUUCGCUGAAAAAAAUGGCAGAACGCGCUAAAGUUAUUGUCAAUUGUUGCGGACCUUAUAGAUUUUACGGAGAGCCGGUCAUCAAGGCUUGUAUCGAGGCCAGAACGCAUCACGUUGAUGUCAGCGGUGAACCGCAGUUCAUAGAACGGAUGGCACUGGAGUAUGGAAAGCAGGCGAAAGAAGCAGGGGUUUACGUAGUCAGUGCCUGCGGAUUUGACAGCAUUCCCUGUGACCUGGGGAUCAUAUUUUUGCAAGAAAAAUUUAAUGGAGAAGUAAAUAGUGUCGAAACAUACCUUAACUCUUGGAAUACGAAAAAAGUUGGGGGUGCUUCGAUCCACUACGGCACAUGGGAAUCCGCUGUAUAUGGAUUGGCCCAUGCCAAUGAACUCCGCGAGCUCAGAAGCAAACUUUACCCUGAACCUUUACCUAAGUUGAAGCCAAAACUUGAGUCCAAAGGCAGCAUUCAUAGAAGUGCUAUAUCUGAAGGUUGGUCAACGAUAUUUCCAGGAUCUGAUCGAUCGGUAGCGCUGCGUACUCAACGCUUUUUGUACGAAAAAUACAAGCAAAGGCCAGCCCAGAUCCAUACCUACGUGACAUUUAAGUCCUUUUUUACUUUACUCGCUACGGCUGUUAUUGGUGCAGUGUUUACCCUGAUGACAAAAUUCGAAUGCGGACGAACGCUGCUUCUUAAGCAUCCAAAGUUGUUCUCUGGAGGGUUCGUUAGUCACGAAGGUCCUGUGCCGGAAUCAAUGAACAACGCUCAUUUCUCUUUGACUUUUAAAGCUUGCGGCUGGACAGAAAAAUUAACUGAACCAACAGAUGAACAUAAGGAGCCUCCAAACAAGGAAAUGAUAACCAAAGUCUCAGGCGUUAAUCCUGGAUAUGGCGCAACCUGUACUACUCUCUUACUUGCUGCGCUGACCAUUCUAAGAGAGGCUGAUAAAAUGCCGGACAACGGCGGAGUUCUUUCACCAGGCGCAGCUUUUGGCAAGACUUCAAUUAUUGAGGAAUUGAAUAAACACGAUUUGAAAUUCGAGGUAGUAUCAUCGAUUGAAAAGUAAAGGUAAA